AUGGCCUCCAUGCAGGACGGGCUGAACUUCACGGCUCCUCCCUACGGCAAGGUCCUGCUGCUGGGUGCUAUCGCUGCUGCCUCAGCCUUUGUUGUUACGAUCCUCAUUGUGGUGCUCUGCGUGGGCUGCCAGAGGAAGGGGAAGACACACAAUGUCCCCGGCGAGGGUGGAAAACACAGACUCAUGGACAUGGGUAUACUCAGGCAGUCGAAGCUGCGGUCCAUCAAGGCUUCUAAAAAGAAACGUCCAGCCAGCAUGGACCUUCUGCUGCUGCCCAGCCACUGGUCUAACUCUGACCUUCGUUCUCAAGGCAGGCAGCUUCCCCAGAUCCCCUCUGGGACUGGAGAGGACGGCGAGCACACUUAUUCUGAAGUGGGCCGGCGCUCCUCCACCACACGUACUGACGAUGCCCUCUACGCCAUGGUAGGCAGGGCCGGGCAGACGGACACGCCGGCCCCUCCGGCCGUCCCUGCCAACACCCCGGCGCCCCCAGACCCGGACGGGGACGUGGAAGGAGGGCUGCCCGAACCCGAGGCCCAGGUCAUGACUCCACCUCAUCCGCCUGAGACGGCCGAGUAUGCCUGCGUCAGGAAGCUGAGGAAGGCCGACAAGGCGCCUCAAAAGAGGGACAGCGGGACAGAUAUGGGGGAACCGCCAGCGCCGCCUCCGCGACACGCCCCGCCGUCACACCCAGCCCCUCAUCCGCCACACCCGCACAGCACAAAGUUGCCCCGCAGAAACGUUGAGGCCUUUAACGUCCCAUCAUUCCCAAAGGAGGUGAUGUUUAUGGGAAACGGAGAGCAGUACAUCUGGAAGCCUCCGGAGGACGAGGAGAUGCUCAUGCUCCAAAAUAAAGCCCUGGGCCCGCUGGGUGCCCACACGGUGGAGAAUAUACAACCGUCUGCUGCAGCGGUGGCUGAGAUGUACUCUAAGGUGUGUAAACCAGGAAAGAAGAAGAGGGCGGUGCCGGGCUCUCCUCCAGGCAACCCUGGCUUCCGGACCUUGGGUCGUGGUGACCGGGAUCGAGACCGGGACGGGGGGUUUAGUGUAGUGGUCAAACCCCAGACAUGGGCCCCUCAGGAGGGCAAAGCAGUCGGGGGCCCCCUCGACGACCACUGCUACGAGUCCAUCGGGACAGAGGAGUGCGAUCCGGCCUACGAGAACCUGGAAGGAGGCGGCUGGAAGCGAGAGCGGCCCCCCAACACGUGUGCCACCCUGCGGCCAAGGAGGAAGAAAGCCCAGCAGCCCUUGCAGCAGCAGCAGCCCCCUCCGCCGCCGCCUACGCAGCAGACCCCCAAGUUACAGCACCUGCCUGCCAAAGCCCUGCUGCUGCCGGGGGAGAACCUGUACGAGAGCAUCGGCGACCUGAAGCAGGGCUCCGCCACCUCCAGCACCACCACCAUCUUCACUUUUAACGAUGGCAUGGAGAUGUAUGUAACAGGGCUCUGA